CACAAUCAUCGUCAUCACCAUCACCACAAUCAUCGUCAUCACCAUCCGGACGAGCCACGUGUCCCACGGCGUGGGGGCGGAGCGGCGCCCAACCCCCCGAGGAACCUCCCCGCGGGAGCCGGCAGCGUCACCUGCACCAGCAGCCUCGCGCUGCGCGUCUCCCGUGGGAGACGCGGGGACAUGCGGCCCGCUCGCUCAACCACCUGCUCCACCACCCGCGCCAGCUGUUCCAACUCCAGCUGUUCCAGCUCCAGCUGUUCCAACUCCAGCUGUUGCUGGUGGUCGCAUCGUCAACUCCGCUCCAAAGUCGCCGUCGCAACCUCGCGUCCGCUACUGCUGCUGCUGACGAUGCUGAUGAUGAUGACGGUGGUGGGGGCACAACCUGUAGCAGAGGCAAUGAGUCGCUGGACACUCGGCACCACCGUGGCUGCUGCAGCUGCUGCUGUUACAAGGGUCUCCCCGGGGUCCCCACAAGCGACCCCCCGGCCAAGAGGGGGCCCCGUGUCUCCGGGCAACGACCCCGAAGCGGACGCUACGUGCAACAUCUCGCUGACUCCGGGCACCACGGGGCUCCAGGCGCGGUGGAGCGGGACCGGCUCCCCACCGUGCGACCUCCACAUCUUCUCCACCAACCCGGGCCGCGCCUCCUCCUUCUCCACAUCCUUCACCCGCGUGCGCUCCCCUCUGCUCCUGGAGAGACGCCUGGGCGAGGACGAUGGCCACGGCUACAGAGCUUGCGUCUCGUGCGCUCCGACGGCCUCACUUGGCCUUCGGGCUCGACCCUUCUGCUGCCGGGACAUCAGCCGCGCUGAGGUGUACCUGUGCCCGGGCUGUGGUGGCGAGGGGGCAAGGGUCCGCGACGGCGGCAGGGGGCCGCUGGAGGCCGCUGUCGUUGCCUGCUUCAUGACGGCGGUGCUGACCGUCUGGGUUGUGGCCGCCCUGGUGUGGCCGGUUCCCAUCAUCGCCGAGUUCCUGCCCAGCCUCCUCACGGAGCCCCGCGGGCGCCGCGUGACCACGCGCCGCUAACUCGGGCAGCGAGGGGCCGAGCCGAGCGUGGCCCCCCGUGCCCUCGUGUGGUGUGGCUCGAGCUUGGGGUAGGCUACAGACUUCACGCUCCGUGUGAGUACUGGUGGAUUUGUUGAGUAACUGAACAGAGAUGUAAGUGGCUUCACUGCCCACGCGUCGUUACAGAGACGUGUAGACCUGCGCGGAGACUCACAUUGGUACAGAGAUGACGAAUCAGCGAUGGGCUUGAAGCGGGGAUCGAGAAAGAAUGCGGGAGCAGAGAAGUGAAGGCGACUGAUGACUGGUGGGGAGGAAGGAGAUGUGGGAUCUAGAAGCAGGGAGCUCAUGGAGGGUAGAGGAGAGGUCUGCGGGGUGGUGGUGACGAGACGUGACAGGUGCCAGGUGGUGAGAGAGCGAUGGGCGUGGGACUGAGUGGGGAGAAGAUUUGGGAGUGGCCACCCAGGAUUCCAACGGUGACGGCAGGGUGGAGGAGACGGAGUGAGCCGUGGCACCAACGUGGAUGUUCACAUCGUGAGAGGGGCCGCAUCUUCCCGGUGCUGAGAAUCGCGGCGAGCGAUGCCACCGAAUCGCGCCCACAGAGUCACGCGCGCGAACCGGGGACCCCACCGAGCUACGAAGCGGCCACGUGAUGGCAGUACAGCAAGUAGCUGCAACUCGCCUGCCGUCUGGCCUGUAUCGCGGACUCUCUGAGUGUUCACCUCGAGGACGCGUGAAGUGGUGUUCUCCGGCUUCUCCGGUUUCCCGUACAGUUAAAGGAGCAGCUCUGCAAUUGCUCGCCAUGCCACUUGCUGGCGGUAGUGGCCUCCACUUGGCGGAGCUCUCGAAAGCCCCUCCUAGAGUGGCAUUGUGGCCUAACUCUUUCGGACUGACCAGCUGUCUUGGAAGAGCCGAGAGUACCCACCACACUUUACCCUACCACGUGAGAACUACCUAUUCCACUGAUGGCUGUGAUAACAUUUAGACUGCUGGAUAUGGGGGGGGGGGGUGUGAAAUGUAAUAAAAUCGCUUCUUUGUUUCAACUGCCGCGCCGCGAGUUCGAUCCGGGAUUUGCAAAUAAAGUGGGCUGACCAUUGCACACCUGUGGCAGCAUCUCAUGUAAACACGACAAACCCCGCCUGCUUUAUUUAAAACAAGAGGUGGACAAACAUCCAAUGGAGCAGGACCCCUCUAAAAAAGAGUUGAGAUUCAGCGAGGCUCCACUCACGGAGUAUCAAACCCCGUGACUUCACCGGGCCGCUCAUGGAGACCGACUCAUCCAGCUCUCUUCAGGGCUUCUCCUGGCGCUGCGGUGGCGAUACAUUAACUACCUCGCCUGGUGUACAUGAGGUCGUGGGUUCGAUCCUUACCCUGACGCCUGCUGUAUCAUUUGAG